GAACCGGGAUACUGACGGGACAGAAAACUGUGGGAGGCAUUUGAUUCCUGAGGUUGACGUCCCGGGAACCCGGGGCCUGGCUCUGGGGCUGCUGGACUCGGACUUCCGUAACACCUGGGAUCUGCGGGCGGAGCUGUGCUUGACACCUGGCGAAGGAAGGGGGGCAGAUGCGCGCGCAAGGAAGCCCUGGCUGCGAGAUUGGAAGGCACAGGUGAAGUUCACCAGCAGGGGGCGAGCUUUGGGGCUGUCGCCGGGUAACACGUCCCCCAACGACCUGACCUCACAGAUGCUGCAUGUGCCAUGAGUUCCCCAGGUGGGCCAGGCUUCCCCUCUGGGCUGCUCUCAGGGGGCACCUCUCCUAGUGGAGACGAAGGCUUCUUCCCCUUUGUGCUGGAGAGGCGGGACUCAUUUUUGGGAGGAGGCCCAGGGCCAGAAGAGCCGGAGGACCUGGCCCUGCAGCUGCAGCAGAAGGAGAAGGACCUGCUACUGGCCGCAGAACUCGGCAAGAUGCUUCUCGAACGCAACGAGGAGCUGCGGAGACAGCUAGAGACGCUGAGCACCCAGCACUUGGAGCACGAAGAACGCCUGCAGCAGGAGAAUCAUGAGCUCCGCAGGGGCCUGGCAGCCCGAGGUGCAGAGUGGGAGGCCAGAACUGUGGAGCUGGAGGGAGACGUGGAGGCCCUGCGGGCACAGCUGGGAGAACAGCGAUCAGAGCAGCAGGACAGUGGGCGAGAGAGGGCAAGAGCCCUCAGUGAACUCAGCGAGCAAAACCUCCGCCUCAGCCAGCAGCUAGCCCAGGCCUCCAGAACUGAGCAGGAACUACAGCGGGAGCUGGAUACCCUUCGGGGGCAGUGCCAGUCACAGGCCCUGGCUGGAGCAGAGCUAAAGGCACAGCUAGAGAGUCUGCAGGCAGAGAACCAGAUGCUGCAGAGUCGCCGGCAAGACCUAGAGGCCCAGAUUCAUGGCCUACGUGAAGAGGUGGACAAGGGCCAGGGCAGGCUUCAGACCACCCAUGAGGAGUUGUUACUGCUUCAUCGGGAGAGGAAAGAGCAGAGUCUGGAGCUAGAACAAGCUCGUUUUGAGGCUGGAGAGGCGCUGAGUGCACUGCGGAGACUGCAGCGGAGGGUCUCAGAACUGGAGGAGGAGUCGCGCCUCCAAGAUGCAGAAGUAUCAGGUGCCUCGUUGCAGACGGAGCUAGCCCACAGCCUCAAAGGCAACCAGGAUGCCAAUGAGUACAGAGAUGCCCAGGUGAGCAAGCAGCCCACCAGCUCCCCCACUGGAGCCAUCAGCUGGGGGGCAGGCCCUACUCCUUUUCCCUUGAGGUUCUGUGCAGCCCUGACCAAUUCCUUUGACCUACAGACUAUCCUGUCCCCAGUGACCCAAGAGUCAUCUAGCCUCCAGUCUUCAAUCCAGGAGGAAAGCUUGGAGCCCCCCAAGAAGCGAGCAUCCCUGAGCCCAGUGGAGAUACUGGAGGAAAAGGAGGCAGAAGUAGCCAGGCUACAGGAUGAGAUCGCCCUGCAGAGGACAGAGCUAGAGACUCUUCGGAAUGAGCUGCAAAGGCAGAAGGAGCUGAGGGAGCAGGACAAUCCUGAGGAAACCCUGAGCAACGCACUUUCCGACCGCAAUGAGGCAGUGAACAAGGCCCUGAAGCUGUCCUUGGAACUCAGCAGAGUUUCACUGGAGCGGGACUCCCUGUCCCGGGAGCUGCUGCGAGCCAUCCGUCAGAAGGUGGCGCUGACACAGGAGCUAGAGGCUUGGCAGGACGACAUGCAGGUGGUGAUUGGACAGCAGCUGCGCUCCCAGCGUCAGAAAGAGCUAAGUGAAGCUGCUGCCACCGCACACCGAAACACUGCCCGCCGCAAUGCUAUCCGCUUUUCUCUGCGUCUGGGGUCAGGGCAAACUGGAGGCUUCCUCAGUAAUCUCUUCCGAAGGACCUGAGGGCUGGGCUGUGGGGGCUACCUUUGCCCACUCUGAGGUUCACUUCCCUUUUAAGGGCCAAUGGAGCCAUGGGGCCUGAAUGACUUCUAAGUCAGGCCAGUGUCCUCCUUGCCCCAGGAGGCUGGACAAGGGCUCUUUGGGAGCAGGGAUCAGCUUUGGGGCACGGGCCCCAGGUGGGUGGCGGGGGCAGAGCUGUUUAUUUUUCAAAUCCAAAUAGGUCUAUCUUUUCUAAGCACCAGGCCCCUGUUCUAUCCCACAUGGAUGGAUGGGUAUUUAUGUAAGGCUCCAACAGAGUAAUAUAUAAAUCACUACA